AUGCAUACGAGCAUUAAACGUAUUCUAUUAAUUGGAAAAAAUAGGCGAUAUAUUUACCUUAAUGUUGUUCUCAGUUCAGUUAUUCUAUUUGUGAUUUGUCUAUUCUAUCCAAUAUCCGAUCCUCCAAGAUAUAUUUCGAAUGUAUUGGCUCAUGUAACUAAAGAAACACGUGCAGAAAUUAUUAUUUCAGCUACAAAUCUAAACUACAACACCAUUCGAAAUGCUACCCAAUUAAUAUGUACAUAUACGGCAGAGAGAAUCGCAUCUGAACCACGUGAAGUUCCUCAAUAUUAUAUUGUUCAACCCAGAUUAAUAGAUGGAGAUUCUAUUGCAAAACAAAAAAUACCCUAUUUUUAUACACUGUGGAAAUCAGCACCGAAAUUACCCAGAGUUAUAACACCGUGUGAACAUCAGAUAUAUUUGAAUUUGUUGAUUAAAUUAGAUAACCUAUGUCGGAAAUAUGAUAUUCCCUACAUGAUGAUUGGUGGAACACUAUUAGGUAGUUAUAAAUAUCAUGAUUUUUUACCAUGGGAUGAUGAUGUUGAUUUAUUUAUGCCAUAUUCCGACAAAAAUCGUUUUGUCACAGCGAUGAAUUCUGAUUUUAAGAAUAUUUCUAUUGAAUAUUUAUACUUACAUAAUCGAUAUCUCAAAGUUUAUUUUAAUUGGUCGCCUAAUGCUGGUCUAUAUCCUUGGCGAUUUCCAUUUAUUGAUAUAUUUUUUUAUGAACAAAAUCAAACGUAUAUUUGGCAUUAUAAUGAUCCAAUUCCUGGUCCAAUGAAAAAAUCGGACAUAUUCCCGUUGGUAUUGAGACCCUUUAGUGAACUAUGGCUGCCAUCUCCAGGAAAUCCUAUAAGUGUUUUUGCUUCAACGGGAUGGUUUUCCAUGGAAACAGCUUGCUAUAGUCGUGGUUAUUCACAUAGACGCGAGGUAAUUGAGCCAACAAUUUACACAAAAUGUAGCGAAUUACAAGAUUUUUAUCCGUUCAAUAUUGCAAGUCGUAGUUCUGAAACCAUACCGUGUAACAUACUAAGCUCUAUGAUUAGUACAACUGGUUAA